GGGAGCAGCGUGCUCUCGGAAUGGCUCGGACCUUCAUCUUCAUCCUGCUCCUCUUCGUUGGCCUCCGGGGUGACUCGGGGGAAGAGGCCCGAGGCCGCAGCAAGAGGGACAUCAGCAAUGACCAACCUCGCAUGAUCUCAGACGGUGGCCACCUGAUCUUCUCCACCGGAGACCACAAGGACAUCCGCUUCCUGACUACAGGGUCCGGCACAGUCAGGGUGGGCAGUGAGAACUUGACGCAGCUCAUCGGCCAGAUUAAGACCAACAAAGAUGACAUUGCCAACCUGAAAGCCAGUGGAGGGGUGGUGCCCCCUGAAGUGACCAGCCAGCUCAACCAGCUGAGCAGUAGGGUGACAACCAUUGAAUCAAAUGUCCAGACCAUAGAACAGACGAUCCAGAUGAAGACAUGUAACAGCAAUCCUUGUCAGAAUGGGGGCACUUGUCUGAACCUGCUGGACAGCUUCCACUGCAUCUGUCCACACAACUGGCAGGGCCCCACCUGCACUGCGGACGUCAACGAGUGCCAGCUCUACGUGGGAACGACGCAGGGCUGCCAGAAUGGAGCCACAUGCGUCAACACCGCUGGAUCCUUCACGUGCACCUGCUCACCGGAGUGGUACGGAACACACUGCACAUCUCGCUAUGAUGACUGUGCACUCGGCAGCCAGAAUCUGUGCUCCCACGGCCUCUGCAUUGACUCGGACAGGGUGACGCCCAACCAGCCCAACUACAAGUGUAUCUGUGACUCCGGCUGGAUGCCACCCUCGGGGAGCCCGGCCUGCACAGCGGACAUUGACGAGUGCAGCCUUCCCAACAAGCCCUGUUCCACCAACCCUCCCGUGUCCUGCUUCAACACCCUGGGGUCCUUCUACUGCGGGGCGUGUCCUGCAGGUUGGCAGGGUAAUGGCUACAGCUGCCUGGAUGUGGACGAAUGUGCUACCAAUAACGGCGGCUGCUCCACCUCCCCGAUGGUGCAGUGCCUCAACACGAUGGGCUCCUUCCACUGUGGGACCUGUCCGCCAGGUUACGAAGGAGAUGGGAGGACAUGUACUCAACUCAACCUGUGUGCCACCAACAACGGCGGGUGUCAUCCCCUGGCGACCUGCUCUGCGCCUCCUGGAAGCACAAUCCCCAUCUGCACUUGCCCCCCGGGGUACACUGGCAAUGGCUAUGGCCCCACGGGCUGCACCCAGACCUCUGAUGUCUGCCAGACCAGCAAUCCCUGCGUCCAUGGCCAGUGUGUGAGCACCACCACUGGCUACAUCUGCAUGUGCGAAGCCGGCUGGUCGGGUACGAACUGCAACGAGAACGUGAACGAGUGUGCCAGCAAUCCCUGCCAGAACGGGGGCACCUGCGUGGAUGGGGUCAACGGAUACACCUGCACCUGUACGAGCCAAUGGACUGGGCCCAACUGCGAGACUGCCCAGCAAGCAUGUGGUGGAUACCUGACCGGCCCGGCCGGCACCUUCAGUUACCCCAACACCCCGGGGAGCGACCAAUACGACCACAUGGUCAGCUGUGCCUGGGUCAUCCGGGUCAAUGCAAACAAGAUUGUGCGCAUCACCUUCCCGCACUUUGACCUGGAACACAGUACGGGCUGCAGCUACGACUUCCUGCAGAUCCAUGAUGGCGAGAGCGCCGGCGCGCAUAUGUUGGGCCGCUACUGCGGCACGGCGGCCCCUGCCGAGCUCCUCAGCUCCCACAACACCAUGUACUUCUGGUUCCGCUCAGACCACUCCAUCAAUGCGGGGGGUUUCACCGUCGCCUGGCAGGAGCAGACACCAGAAUGCGGCGGAUCCCUUACCGAGGCAUAUGGCUCCAUCAACUCUCCUGGUUACCCCGGCAACUACCCUCCAAGCCGUGAUUGCUACUGGACCGUAAACGUGAAUCCAGGACUGAUCAUCACUUUUGCCUUUGGAACCCUGAGCCUGGAGCAUCACCCUGACUGUAACUAUGACUACCUGGAGUUCCGGGACGGCCUGCUCCCCGAGGACCCGGUCUUGGCAAAGUACUGCAGCACGUCCUCCCCUCCCCCGCUGUUGACCACCGGUCCAUCGGCUUGGAUCCACUUCCACUCAGACUUCAGCACCAGCGACCUUGGAUUCCACAUCACCUACACCACCUCGCCAUCUGACCCGGGCUGUGGGGGCACCUACACGGACAGCGAGGGCAUCAUCAUCUCACCCAACUGGCCCAACAACUAUGCCCACAACCGCCAGUGCAUCUAUGUCCUGCGUCAGCCGCCCAACGAUGCUGUUGCUCUUAAUUUCACCAACAUGGACCUGGAGGUCCACAGCGGUUGUGCGUUUGACUUUGUGGAGGUGCGAGAUGGCCUGACAGAGACAGCCCCACUGGUGGGGAAGUACUGCGGAUCCACUUUACCCGCCCCCAUCAUCUCCAGCUCCAACGGGCUCUGGGUCCGCUUCAAGUCUGACACUUCCAUCAGCAAGGCCGGAUUCCGGGCUGUCUACCAAGUUGCUUGCGGGGGGACCGUCUCAGGCUUGGGCCAGAUCCGUACCCCCUACCACCCAAACUCAUACCCACACGAGAAGACAUGUGAAUGGGUGAUCAACCAGCCACAAGGCUACGUGGUCACGCUUGCCUUCCUCACCUUUGACAUCGAGCAAAGCUCCACCUGCUUCUUUGACUACGUUGAGGUCAGGGAUGGAUCUACGGCGAGUUCUCCCCUGAUUGGACGAUACUGUGGCUCCCGAGUGCCACCGAUGCUCCAGUCUACGCAGCAAUCCAUGUACAUCCGGUUUGGGACUGACGCAUCUGUUAGCAACCAUGGUUUCACUGCGGAGUAUGCUUCUGCUAUUGAAGGCUGUGGAGCAACCUUGAAUGACCCCUCAGGCACAGUCACCAGCCCUGGGCAUCCCACCAAUUACCCACAUGGGGCUAACUGCACCUGGUUCAUCUCCGUUGCCCCCGGAAACAUCAUCCGGCUCACCUUCACCUCCUUCAACCUGGAGUACCACUUUAACUGUCUCUAUGACUAUGUGGAGGUGUAUGACAAUGGCACAGCAGAGACAGGAACCAAACUUGGCAGGUACUGUGGUCGAUCUGUGCCACCAUCACUGACCAGCACAGAUAACCUGAUGACCAUCCUCUUCGUCUCUGAUGUCAGCAUGGCUACUGAAGGCUUCUCUGCAAACUAUGUCUCCAUCAAUGCCACAACUGACUGCAGUGAGGUCUUCAGAUCCCCCACGGGGGUGCUCAGCUCUCCGAACUACCCCAACUACUACCCGAUAAGUCGUGAAUGCGUGUACCAGAUCAUCGUGGGAAACAACAUGCAGAUCAUGCUCAACUUCACUGACUUUGAGCUGGAGGGCCCAUACCCUGACUGCCGCUUUGACUAUGUGGAAAUCAGAGAUGGUGGCUUUGAAACCUCUCCUCUCAUCGGCAAGUUCUGCGAGUCUCAGAAACCACCCCUGCUGGUCUCCCACAGCAACAGGCUGUGGGUCAAGUUUCGCUCUGACUCCAUUGCCACCUUCAGGGGAUUUACGGCACACUGGGAUGGCACACUAACAGGCUGUGGAGGAACCCUGACCACCAGCACAGGCAGCUUCUCCUCACCCAACUACCCCCUGCCUUACCACUCCAACUCCGAGUGCUACUGGCACAUCAGAGCCACGGGCGGCAGCCGCAUCAUCCUGGAGUUUGGGGACUUUCACCUGGAGAGCAGCACCAACUGCAAUUAUGACUACCUGGCUGUGUAUGAUGGGAACAGCACUGCCGCCUCCCCACUGGCCCAUCUGUGCGGUUCCACCCUUCCUGCUCCCGUCAACUCCAGCAAGGAGGACCUGUUCAUCAAGUUGCGCACUGACAGCAACAUCAACGCAGGGGGCUUCCUGGCCUCAUACACACAGUAUUGCCAGGGAAUUUUCAUAGCUAAUCAGAGCCAAGGCGUUCUUGAGAGUCCUGAUUUCCCGAAUAGCUACCCCCACCUGGCCCAUUGUAGCUGGACGAUUCAGACUACCAUGGGCAACACCAUCAACUACACCUUUGCGGCCUUCGACCUGGAGAGCACGUCCAGCACAUGCAUCUUUGACUACAUCAAGCUCUACAAUGGACCUAAUGAGCAGGCACCUCUGAUUGGUACAUUCUGUGGGAACACGCCCCCUCCACCCGGGGCCACCACUGGCACUUCUCUGCACGUGGUCUUCCAGUCAGACUUCUCCAUCUCUCAUACGGGCUUCAGGAUGCUUUGGUACCAGAAUGGUUGCGGUGGGGACCUCUUUGGACCCAGCGGAUCCUUCAACAGCCCCGGCUACCCCAACAGGUACCCUGAGAAUCGUGAAUGCAUCUGGUACAUCCAGACGGCCCUCGGCAGCAGCAUCCAGAUCACCAUUCACGAGUUCGACGUGGAGUACCACCCGAACUGCAACUACGACCUGCUGGAGGUGUACGGCGGCCCCGACCUGUCCGCUCCACGACUGGCCCAGCUGUGCACCACGCGCCCACCCAACAACCCCUUGCAUGUGUCCAGCACGGGAAACCGGGUCACUCUCCGCUUCAAGUCCGAUGCCUACGUGAGCGGCCACGGGUUCAACGCCAGCUGGCAGGAGGUCCCCGGUGGCUGCGGCGGUGUCUUCACUGCCUCUAGUGGUGAGAUCCACUCGCCUAACUUCCCCAACAACUACCCCAACAGUGUGGACUGCUCCUGGGUGAUCAACGUGGACAAAGGCCACCGCGUACUCUUCAACUUCACCGUGCUUGAGGUGGAGUCCCAGCUGUCCUGCUCCUGGGACUACGUCGCUGUCCAUGAUGGGCCCAGCGAGUCAUCACCUCUCCUCGCACGUGUGUGUGGCAUGACCCCGCCCCCUCCCAUCACCUCCAGUCAGAAUAUCAUCUACGUGCGGUUCCGGUCCGACAACAGCAAUGCCCACCGUGGCUUCAGCGCACAGUUUUCCGAGGCAUGUGGGGCGACGAUCGAAAGUGACGAUGUGGGCGGAGCCAUUUCCUCACCCCGGUACCCAUUUAACUACCCAGCCAAUCAGAACUGCAGUUGGAUCAUCAAGGCCAAGGAGCCGUUCACUCACGUGACGCUGUCCUUCACCGACUUCAGCCUGGAGAACCACUAUGGCAACUGCUCCUCAGACUCCGUGGAGGUUCUCGAUGGAGAUAACUACUGGGCUCCGUCCGUCGGUCGGUACUGUGGGUCCCAGGUGCCACACCCUGUCACCUCCUUCAGCAAUGCGCUUGUUGUCAACUUUAUCUCCGACGGCUACUCGGCAGACAAGGGCUUCCGAGCCACCUAUGCUGCCUCCACAUCUGCUUGUGGUGGGAGCCUGCACAUGGAGUCUGGUGCCUUCAACAGCCCCAACUACCCUGAUGCAUAUCCACCAAACAUCGAGUGUGUAUGGACUAUCAUCAGCUCACCUGGCAACCGCCUGCAGCUGUCCUUCAUAAUGUUCCAACUUCAAGAGACGAACGGGUGCAACAGUGACUUCUUGGAGGUGCGAGAGGGCAACUCCACUGGCUUCCUGGUGGGCCGGUUCUGUGGCAGCUCCCUGCCAUCCAACUAUACUUCACUCAUCGGCCACGUGCUGUGGAUCAAGUUCGUCUCGGACUCCUCUGUGAGCGGAGCUGGUUUUAGGGCCACCUUCGCCCACUUGUAUGGCAAUGACAUCACAGGCACCAAAGGCCGCAUUGCAUCCCCACUUUGGCCCAGGUCGUACCCCCACAAUGCCGAUUACCGCUGGACUGUUACCGUGGCUGCGGGAUACUACAUCCAUGUCCGCUUCCUGGACAUGGACAUCGAGGACCUGUCCAACUGCUACUAUGACCAGCUCAAGUUAUUCGAUGGCCCCGAUGUGCACUCCUUCCCUCUGGGGGUGUUCUGCGGCCUGGCUCUACCCCAGCCGGUUAGGAGCUCGAGCAGCGCCCUGACUGUGGAGUUUCGCUCAGACAGCGUGGUGGAUGGCAGGGGCUUCCUGCUAGAAUGGACUGCGGUGGAGAGCUCUGGGCCACUGCCCACCAUCGCCCCAGGAGCCUGUGGGGGUGCCCUCAUGCCAGGGGACACGCCCAUGUUUCUCUUCUCGCCCGGCUGGCCCAACGACUACGCACCAAACCUGGACUGCACGUGGGUGAUCCGCUCCCCAGACUCCACGGUGGAGCUCAACCUGCUGUCCUUGGAUAUCGAGGACGAGGCAUCCUGCUCCUACGACAGCCUGGUCGUCAGGGACGGUGAGACCAACCUCUCCCCUCUGCUGGCCACUGUGUGCGGCCACCGACCCCAGGGACCCUUUCACACCACCCGAGAUGCCAUGUUCUUACGCUUCACCUCCGAUGGGACCAUCAGUGGGAAGGGAUUCAAUGCCUCCUAUGCCAAGGGCUGCGGGGGGCUCAUCCAUACCGACAGGGGAGUAAUCAGCUCCCCAAGAUACCCGGAGAGCUACAAACCGAACCUGGACUGCAGCUGGCACGUCAUGGUGACCCCUGGCUCACGGGUGUCUGUUACUUUCCAGAGUCCAUUCCAGGUGGAGGGCUAUGGCACCACAUGCAGUACCGGAGACCACCUGCAGCUGCGAAACGGGCCAGAUGCGUCAUCGCCCCCCCUGGGAGACCGUCUCUGCGGGUCCACCACCCCCAGCGUCAUGCAGACCACUGACAACCACCUCCAUGUGCAUUUCGUCUCGGACAGCAGCAAUGAGGGCCACGGCUUCAAGCUGACCUUCGAGGCCCACAGUCAAGCCUGCGGAGGAGCUGUUGAGCUAAGAGAUUCAGACCCUCCAGGAUUCAUCACGUCCCCGAACUACCCCGACAACUACCCCACAAACAUCGACUGCAUCUGGGUCAUCACCGUGCCUAACGGGGAGUCCAUCCAGAUCGACUUUAUGGAUGAAUUCUACAUCGAGGAAUCGACCAACUGCAUUUGGGACUACCUGGAGCUGCGCGACGGCGCUGCCUCCGAUGACCCCCAGAUUGCCCGGCUUUGCGGCCACCAGAAGCCCACCUCUCAGAGGUCCACUGGCACGGUCAUGCGCCUGCGCUUCCGCACAGACCACAGCAUCACGCACAAGGGCUUCAAGGUGCAGUACUCCAUCGCCACAUGCGGAGGAACCUACACAGGGCAGAGCGGUGUCCUCCACAGCCCUGGGUUCCCUGACUCCAACUACCCAGAUGGCUCCAGCUGUGAGUGGUACCUGGAGGGUCCAACAGGUCACUACCUGACCCUGACCUUCACUGCCCUCGAGCUGCAGCGCUCUGGGGGCUGUGGCGCCGACUAUGUGGAGCUCCGCGAAUACAACGCCUCUGGGCGACUACUGGGUAGACACUGUGGGAACAGCCUGCCGGCGCCAGUGGACACAGCGGACAGCUUUGCCUAUGUGAAGUUCAUCAGCGACGGGAGCAACAAUGCUCCAGGCUUCAGCCUGUCCUUCACUGCCAGCAUCGAGGAGUGUGGCGGGGAUCUGAACGCAGCUUCGGGCACCAUCUCCUCCCCCAACUAUCCCAACCUGUACCCUCACAACCGGGUUUGCCAGUGGAGGAUCACGGUGCCCCCUGGCCGCAGGGUCACCCUCACCAUCAAUGACCUGCGUUUGGAGAGCCAGGGCGGCUGCCCAUACGACUACGUGGCCGUGUACAACGGCCUGGUUCCCAACUCCCCGGUCCUUUACCGCUUCUGUGGCACAGUGAGCGCGGGCACCCAGGUGAAGUCAUCAGGAAACACCAUGGCUGUCGUCUUCAGCACCGAUUCAUCCGUGUCCAACGGAGGAUUUACUGCUGACUACACGUCCGACGAGGCGGCAGUUUGCGGUGGCAUCCUGGACAACCCGCUCGGUGGUAACUUCAGCUCCCCAGAGUACGGUGUCGCCAACUACAGCAGCAACCUCAACUGUGAAUGGUUCAUUCAGAACCCCCAUCACACCAACUCGUCCAUCGUCGUGGACCUGGUGGACCUGCACCUAGAGCAUCACCAGACCUGCGAGUGGGACUAUGUGGAGUUUCGCCUGGGAGACUCCAAUGGUGAACUUCUGGCUCGGUUCUGCGGACAGAGCACCCCGCAGGUCCCCAUAGUCGUGUCCACUUCAGAGCUCUGGGUCCACUUCCGCACUGACGUCACUGUCGGGGACCUGGGCUUCCUGGCCAAGUACAGCUUCUCAGAGUGUGGAGGACAGCUGACAGGUGAAGGGGGUACAAUCACAAGUCCCGGCUACCCAGACAACUACCCCAGCCCCAGUCGCUGUGCCUGGUUCUUGGAGGCCCCCGAGGGCCACACCAUCACACUCACCUUCAGCUUCUUCCACCUGGAGCCCCACUCGGAGUGCUCCUGGGACUCACUGAGCAUCCUGAAUGGCCUCUCACCUGGGGCGCCGCUCAUUGGCCAGUACUGUGGGGAUACGUCACCCGGGACCGUUCGGUCCGGCUCCCGCUGGCUGGUGCUCGUCUUCCUAGCGGAUCACAGCGUGUCGCAAGGGGGCUUCAGGGCCACCUGGACCACCGAUUCUUCAGGCUGCGGAGGGGUCAUCCAUGCUGACAGUGGGAUCAUCAAGUCCCCGAACUACCCAGACAACUUCCCAGCUAACAGCGAGUGCACCUGGAACAUUGUGGCCCACGAGGGCUACCACCUGGAAUUGAGUUUCAACAGUAACUUCGAGAUCCCUGGGCAAUGCCAGAACAGCUAUGUGAAGGUGUGGUCAGGACAAAGGCAACUAGAUGAAGCGCUGCUCACCACAGGCUGCGGCAGCACCCCCCCAGCACCUGUAGUUGCCCCUUACAAUGUCAUCACCUCACGGUUCCAGUCCACAGAGACACCUGGAAAAGGCUUUUCUGCCACCUUCCUGUCACGUUGUGGAGCCAACUUUUCAGCCCCUGUUGGUCGUGUGGUCUCACCCGACUACCCAGCGCACUACCCCGACCUGUCCAACUGUAACUAUCUCAUUGAUGCUGGAGAGCAAAAAGUGGUCGUCCUAGAGUUCCGCACCUUCCAGAUUGAAGAGCACUCAACCUGCCAGUAUGAUGGCCUGCGUAUCUACAAUGGACCUACCAUAUCUAGCCCCCUCCUGGCCCACCUCUGUGGUGACACCAUUCCAGGACCCUACUCCACCUUUGGACCUAUGCUCCUCAACUUCUACUCUGAUAUCACCAUCAAUGACAACGGUUUUCUAGCUGAAUACCGGAUGAUCCCCUGUGGCGGAGUGUUCAAUGGCAGUACUGGCUCCAUCAGCAGUCCGACACUCUCCAUCAGCAACUACCACCACAACAUGAACUGCACCUACCACAUCAUCGUGGGCAGCAACCGCAUCGUUGAGCUCAAGUUCAACAAGUUCCACCUGGAGGCAUCCUCCAACUGUCGCUAUGACUACGUGGCGGUGUACGAUGGGUCAGGCACCCUCGCCCCGCUUCUGGGCAUGUUCUGUGGCACUGAAAUCCCACCCACUCUCAAGUCCUCCACCAAUCAGCUCUUUAUUGUCUUCUGGACCGACUCUUCUGUUUCGGGCGAGGGAUGGAUGGCGACCUACUUCGAAACGUUAGGACCCCAGCAGGGCUGCGGCGGUUACCUGACCUCCCCCACGGGCACCUUCGGCUCCCCAGACAUCAAUCUGGAUGGGAAGUACGAGCCACAGCUACACUGUGUUUGGACCAUUGCUGCUCCGGCCAACAAGGUGGUCAACCUGACCUUCACCACCUUCCACCUGGAGGGGGGAUCCUGUAAAUAUGACUACGUGCAGGUGUUUGAUGGCGACAGCAUCAGCUUCCCUCUGGUGGGCACCUACUGCGGUAACACCAUACCAGCUCCCUUCCAGUCGACCGGAAACUUCCUAACCGUGCAGUUUAUCACCGAUAGUUCAGUGGCCUUUGCCGGCUUUAACGCCACCUACAGAACAGCUGACAUGCUCUGCGGAGGUAUCCUGAAUGCCACCAGCUCGGUCCAGACCAUCUCGUCACCCUCGUACCCCAACGCUUACCCCAACUUCAUCUCAUGUCGCUGGACCCUGGACGCCCCACCCCAGGAGAACAUCAAGGUGUCUGUGCAGUACUUCCACCUGCAGCCCUCGCAGAGCUGCUCACAAAACUACCUGGAGAUGAAGGACUGGCCAACGGGCGACUAUGGGCAGGUGCACCGGUUCUGUGGUACGGACACACACGUGCCAGACUUUUACACCUAUGGGCGUACCAUGCACCUCACCUUCAAGUCCGAAGCCUUUGUGGCUGAAAACGGCUUCAGCCUCACCUACCAGGUGGCAGGCUGCAGCCGAGUGUACGAGCAAUCCUACGGCUACUUGAAGAGCCCGGGUUGGCCAGAGGUCUACCCCCACGAUACAGACUGCGGCAUCGUCCUACGCGCCCCCCAGAACAGCUCCAUCUCCCUGUUCUUCAACAGCUUCGACUUGGAGACACACCCCAACUGCGCAUACGACUUCCUGGAGGUGCGGAAUGGCAGUGCGGCCGACUCUCCGCUGCUGGCCAAGUUCUGCGGGUCGACGCUGCCCAGCCCGGUGUUUCCGCGGGCGAACCAGGUCUUCCUGCGCUUUAAGUCGGACUUUUCCGACGCCCGCAACGGCUUUGAGAUCACGUGGACCUCCUCUCCUCAAGGCUGCGGUGGCGUCCUGUAUGGAGACCAUGGCUCCUUUGCCAGCCCUGACUUCCCUGCCACGUACCCUAAUGGCAGUCACUGCGAGUGGGGCAUCAGGGCGCCCGUGGGCCGCGUGGUCACCGUCACCUUUUCCCAGUUCAGCGUGGACGACCCCGGCGACUGCCUCAACAAUUACCUCAAGCUGUACGAUGGCCCCGAUGCGAGCGGGGCCCCUGUGGGUCCAUACUGUGGGCCGGAGACAAACAUUGCUCCCUUCACAGCCUCCUCAAACAGGGUCUACGUCCAGUUCCACGCCCAGUCCGCCACGCUACCGUCCGGCUUCAGGCUCACGUGGAGCAGCUGAGGACCCCUGGGCAAAUUCAGACAGACAGACUGACAUACACGCACAGACACACACACACA